GUUAAUCAUCUCCCUGGCUGGAAACUGUAUCGACAUACACAAUAAGGCUUGAAACUGUGAUACGCUUCAUCCUGCCAUGUUGUGAUGCACAAAACACGCAGCCUUGAUAUGAUUCACGAUAUAUAUAGAAACUGGAAUUAAAGCUUACAACGAGAAAUCAGGAUGUGGAUGUUUGUAUGUGUGCUGUGUUGGGCGUUUAUCUCAGCUGAAGCUGAUGAUGUAACCUUUGAUCUCGUACUACGUCAUUUCUGGGACUUUCGGAUGCAGUAUUCCCCAGAGUUUUCAACCUACCAGGGCGUAUAUAAGUAUAAUGAUGCCACACGAUCAAUGAACUUGUCUGUGAUUGAACGAAAAAAGGCAGCGGUUGAAUCAUUUCUGUCAAUGGUGGAGAUAAUUAACAAGGAUGAACUUAGCAAGGCUAAGCAAAUGGAGUAUAUCAUUUUCAAAGAUUACAUAACAACUUACCUCGAGGGUUACAAAUGGGCCACGUAUGUGCUGAGUCCUGUUAAUUUUCUAGAGGGGAUCCAUUUGUAUUUUCCGGUAGAAAAAGCGGAGACUAACACACGAGGUGACUUCGAAAAUUACAUUGUUAGAAUGUUCAACAUGCCAAAAUUGGUCGACGAAGUAAUCUCCAGGAUGAAUGAAGCUAUUCGACUCAGUUUGACAUAUCACAAAGUUUCUAUCGCCGCAGUGCCAGAUCAAAUUGAAGAUUUGCUUGUUGGUGUUGAUGAGUCUAACUUUUAUAUUCCGUUAAACAAGUCACUCGAGAAGUCUUUAAUACCUGAGAAAGACAGGCGGUCGCUGAGGGGAAGAGGUAGAGAGGGCAUCGCAGUAGUACUUGAUUCUUACAGAAGACUUAAAGACUAUAUAGAAAACACCUACCUUCAUCACACGAGGCCUCAGACGUCUGUUAAGUCCCUGCGGAAUGGUGUCGACUACUAUCGAGCGUGUCUCAAUUGGCAUACUUCUCAGGAUGUGUCGCCUGAGUAUGUUCACAACCUUGGACUGCAGGAGGUCAACCGAAUAUACGGAAACAUGCAAAAGGUUUUGAAUCGAUUUUCCUUCACGGGUUCUGUAAAAGCCUUUUUUGACAGUAUUAAAAACGACGCUCGAUUCAUCAUCGAUGAUGCAGAUGAAAUAGUUGAAGAGUACACGAACAUUGUAAACAACAGAAUCAGACCGAUAUUGCCAAAAUAUUUUACAAAUAUACCGAACAUUAGGAUGACAGUGGAGAAAUCCCCAAAUGACGGCACUAGGGGUACGUAUGCUUUGGCUUCUGAGGUUAAUCCCGGCAAAUUCCUUAUCAACCUACAUAGACCACGGGAAAAUCCUACAUUUGACUACAUGGCACUAAGUCUCCACGAAGCCUAUCCUGGCCACCAUAUGCAGCACAGCUACACCAUGACAGCAGAUCUUGCCAAGUAUAGACGAUUCCCGGAGUACAGUUUCUAUGAUGUCCCAUUUAACCUGCCGUUUUUCUCAGCGUACGUGGAGGGAUGGGGAUUAUAUUCAGAAUACCUCGGCGAAGAGAUGGGACUUUAUGCAGAUGACUAUGAACUAAUGGGAAGAUAUAGUAAUGAAAUGCUGCGUGCCUGUCGCCUGGUCGUUGAUACUGGGAUACAUUACUUUGAUUGGACAAAGGAAAUGGCUAUGGAAUAUAUGUUCAACUACACAGCGUUUGGACCGGGAUAUGUAGAAAUUGAAAUUAAUCGGUACAUCACGUGGCCUGGUCAAGCAUGCGCAUACAAGAUGGGGGAAAUCAAAAUACGAGAACUGAGAAAGAAAUCAGAAAAAGAAUUAGGGGAAUUGUUCGACAUCAAGAAGUUCCAUUCUAUGAUUUUGGAAAACGGCCCUAUGUCCAUGAACAUUCUUGAGACCCUGGUGGAUGGUUGGAUUGAGGAGACAAAAGCAGCACAUAACGGGGCGACAGCAGUUUCAUGGAGCACUGAGACACAGCUACCGUUGUUUCUAGUUCUACUCAGUGCAGUUACAUACUGUGUACGGGUGGAGAACUGAGACACAGCUACCGUUGUUUUUAGUUUUACUAAGUGCAGUUACAUACUGUGUACGGGCGGAGCACUGAGACACAGCUACCGUUGUUUCUAGUUUUACUCGGUGCAGUUACAUACUGUGUAAGGGCUGCAUAACACUUUCCACCAAUAUCGUCUCAUAUAAAGAGGGACAAUUGUGGAAAAGCCGACAUCACAUUUUUUUCAAAGAGCAAUAUCGGUCAUGUAUAUCCAUAAUAUAGCAGGUGACCCAAUAGAUUUUCACGUCCGAUCGUGGAAUCGAACCCCGGCCGCCUUGGUGAAAAGCAAAUGAGCUAUCCACUGCGCUACCCGACCACCCAUAGAUUAUAUAAGAUAUAUCAUACCCAGGACAGAUAUAUCUUAGAUAUAUCAGAUUUAUACACUAGUACUGUAUACAAUUGAAUGGGACAGUGUAUAUAUUACAUGUAUGUGAGGUACCAUGUAUUCAAUACAAUAUAUAGGAUAGCUUAUAUAGAAAUCAAACUGUGUAUAAUAUACUGUUAUAUAAACCCGACCACCCUUAGAUUGUAUCCAGAACAGAACAGAUAUAUCUUAGAUAUAUAUGAUACAUGUAUAUAUGCACUUGUACUGUAUUUUAAUGACAGACUAUUAGCCCUCCCC